UAGAGGAACAAGACGGCGUACUGUGUGGAGUGUGUUCCUUGUGCUCUCACUCUGACACUGUUCACUGGUCUCGUCCAGCUACUGCUUGGCCUCCUCAACCUAGGUAUAGUCAUAAUGCAUUAUUUAGAGGAACAAGACGGCGUACUGUGUGGAGUGUGUUCCUUGUGCUCUCACUCUGACACUGUUCACUGGUCUCGUCCAGCUACUGCUUGGCCUCCUCAACCUAGGUUUCCUGGUGGACUUUAUUCCUCUGCCAAUCAUCAGUGGAUUCACCUCUGCGGCUGCCAUCACUAUUGCUGUUGGACAAAUACAUUCGUUUGUAGGGAUAAGUCACAAUGUCAGGAGAGUCUUCUUUCUAACUAUCUACGACCUCUGUCACUACGUCACUGAAGUCAAGCCAGGAGAUAUUGUGUUUGGCAUGAUCUGCAUUGCACUGGUUGUGUUCCUAAAGUACUUCAAGGUCCAUAUUGAGCAUCUGAGAAAGACACAAGACCAGACAUCGGCUGGGAGAGUGGCACUCAAGUUUCUGUGGCUCGUGUGUACAGCUCGCAAUGCGGUGGUGGUAAUGACAGGGGCACUGGUGGGGUACACCCUCACCACUCAGGCCUGGUUCAGCGGCCAGCUGACCCUCAUAUCCACAGAGAGAUUCCCUCUUCCUCACCCCCAACCUCCCAACGUCACCCUGCACAGUGUUAAGGAGAUUGGCAUUGGAAUUGUUGUGGCCCCUUUCAUUAGCUUCCUGGAGAGUAUCGCCAUUGCCAAGGCUUUUGCUCGGAAAGAUGGCUAUAAGGUGGAACCUAGUCAGGAACUAGUGGCUAUUGGUUUUGCCAAUGUGGUGAGCUCCUUUUUCAGCUCAUAUCCAGUCACUGGCAGCUUUUCCAGGACAGCUGUCAAUAAUCAGAGUGGAGUCCGCACCCCAGCCGCAGGUAUUAUCACUGGUUCAGUGGUGCUACUGGCCAUAGCUGUCCUCAGCCAGUUCUUCCACUACAUCCCCAAGACCUCUCUGUCUGCCAUCAUUAUUGCCGCUGUACUGCCCAUGGUGGACGUCAGAAUCCUCUACAGAAUAUUCAAGAUCAGAGCUCUUGAUGACCUACCACUCAUUGUGGCCUUCCUGUUCACACUCAUCCUGGGCAUUGAGUAUGGUGUUCCGAUGGCUGUGGUGGUAUAUGUGGCCAUUCUGCUCUACAGAAAGGCCAGGCCAAGACAUGAGCUGAAGUUAUACCCUGGAGUAAUAUGUGUGGUGUUCAACGGAGGUUGGAAUUACCCCGGAGUGGAGUACAUCUGGAGGAGAAUCACCUCGGAGAUCGCUACUGCCCCCAAUCCACCUUAUUCCAUGAGGAAGACAUCACUGGUCAUACUGGAUUGUUCUGCAAUGCCUGAAAUGGACUUCACAAUAGUACAGGCGCUGAAAGACGAGUGCUCAGAUCUGCAAAAGAAGAAUAUCCAAUGUGUACUAGUCAACUGCCAGCCACAGGUGCUAAAGAUAGUAGAGCGUGCAGCCAUUAAGAACCUGCAGUUGAAGACAACUAUGCGAGAGGCAAUGGAACUAGCCAGUGAAGGUGAAGAAAGCAUGGAAGUGAUAGUGUCAACAAACUCUACUGGGCCUACCAAAUCACAGACCUGAAAAACUGCACACAUGGGUAAGCCUUGGGGUUAGUUUUUCCAGGAAAGAUAGAGCUGUUCAUUCUUGGUUCACAUGUCUGUGGUUACCCACUGAAGCAUGCAAGUAACACUACAGUUCCCUUGACUUAUUCCUCCAGAGCACUUAGAGAAUUUUUAUCGGUUAGUCAGGGUUGCCUACCUGUGUGGGAUUUUUCUAUUUAUUUCUGUGGUGGCCACUGCACCUACCGUAAUGUGUGUUCUGUGUGAUUCUAAAUACACCCGAAAUUGAA